GCAUCAAUCGGUGCAGCUAGCUAGCGUAGCGGGCAACAAGCUAGCUAGCGGUUAGCGAAAACAAUACCGCCCGGCUCGCUAAAUCAUAUUAUCGUCGUUUCGUUUGUAUCGUUUAAAACUUCAAUGUACACGAAAUAUUUUUUAUAAAUGUCUACAGCGUGAAAACUCGAGGGUGGGGAUUCGAGGCCGUGUUUUUGUGGUUGACUUGACUUUGCAGGGGAAGAUGUGCAAUGGGUCAAUAUCCAAAGCCUUUUGGUUCCACGCCUCAGCCACCAAACAAUCCUUCUUGUUUCUGCUGGUACUGACUGCAGUGUCUACUGUGCAAGGGUCAGGAUGUGUGAGGCCGUACAUGGUCCAGAACAGCUGGGUAAACCUCACAGAGACCAACAGGGGCUCAUUCCCUGUUGGCACAGUACUGCAGUACAGCUGUGACCCUGGUUACCUGCCAGACGGACCUAGCAUCCUCACUUGUACCACACUUGGACUUUGGACCUCUGAUCCUCCUCAUUGUAUACGCAGUGGUGCAUGUCUACCCCUCUCCAAACCUGAAAAUGGGGGGUUCACCUGCCACCCAUCCCCCUGCCGAAUGUUUGCUCAUGGCACUGUGAUUGAGUUCUUCUGUGAUGAGGGCUUUAUUCUCAGUGGAGACUAUAACUACCUGACCUGUCAGGAUGGACAGUGGGACGGCCCCAUGCAGAUCAAUUGUGUGAGCCAAGGUUGUAUAAGACCCUCUACAGUGCAGCAUGGCUCAACUAAUCUGACAGACACCAACAGGAGCUUGUUUCCUGUGGGCACAGUACUGCAGUACAGCUGUGACCCUGGUUACCUGCCAGCCGGACCCAGCAUCCUCAGCUGCACCACACUGGGACACUGGUCCUCCGAACCUCCUCGGUGUAUACACACUGAUGGUUGUAUAAGACCCUCUACAGUGCAGCAUGGCUCAACUAAUCUGACAGAAACCAACAGGAGCUCGUUCCCUGUUGGCACAGUAUUGGAAUACCGCUGUGACCCUGGUUACCUGCCAGAUGGACCCAAUAUCCUCACCUGCUCCACACUGGGACACUGGUCCUCUCAACCUCCUCGCUGUAUACGCAGUGACGUAUGCCAGCCUCCAUUUCAGCCAGAGAACGGGGGCUAUACCUGUCAUCCCGCCCCAUGCCAAAGACUUUCUCAUGGCACUGUGAUUGAAUAUUUCUGUGAUGAAGGCUAUGUUCUGAAGGGAGACUAUAAAUACCUUACCUGCCAGUAUGGAGAGUGGGACAGCCAAAUGAAGCUCAGCUGCCUCAUGGAGCAAGACCGCGAUCCAACUUUACCAUUAGGGAUGCCCGCCUUGUCCAUAGUUGCAUCCACAGCCAGCUCAGUGGCCCUAAUCCUGCUCCUGGUGGUGCUGUUUGUGCUUCUGCAGCCAAAACUGAAGUCCCUGCAUCGACGGGAUCAGGGUGUGUCCGGCCAGCCUGUGUCAAUCAUGGUGGAAGGAGUCCAGGUGACCCUGCCCUCAUAUGAGGAGGCUGUGAAUGCCAGUGGAGCCUCAGCUCUCAGCUCUGAGUCGCGAGUCCAGAUAGUGCUGUCUGAGGGUCAGCAUGCCCCAGCGCCAGAGGCUGGCCCCUCUAGGCCUUCAUCCCUCAAACAACAGCAGUCAGAGAUGGCUGUGGUCCACCCUGUGCCACCGUCCUCGUCCUCUUCAUCACCGUCACCCUCAUCCUCUAAUUGGGCUCUGGAGCAUGCAGGGGCUGCAGCUCCAUCAUCCUCACAAAGAAGGCCGUCUGCAGGCAGCGACCAAUACAGCAUGUCUCUGGACUCUGAGAUGGACUACUCCGAUGAUAUGCCAUUGUUGAAGGAGGCCUGAACAAUGCAGCAGCCUUAGGACUUUGCCACUGACCUGUCCUGGUGAGUGGGAUGCCUCAUGUGAGUUUGUCAACACAGCUGUCAACACAGACGAGGCCAACUUAAGAGGCUCUGAGUGAAGCUGUGGGUUACUCAGAACAGUUCCUCGGUCCAUCCCCAAAGGAGAGCAGAGAAGGGAUUCACAUGUACAUACAUGCUUACAUUUUUAUAGGAAUUCCUACACUAUGUAUGUAUGUCCAAUGUCUGAAGCUCCGUUUGAAAAUUGUAGAGCAAAACCAGAAAGGAACAGGCACCUCUUGAAGGAGUGUCUCUUAAAGGCUGUUGAAAAAAAUACUGAUGAGUUUCAGUUGAAUGAGCAAAGUUACAUUUUGGGAGCUAAAAAAUCUCUUCAGUGUCUUGUUUACUGUUACUUUUAACCACAAAUCACAUCAUUUAAGAUGCACAUCAACAAAGAUGCAUGAAGGCCAGGUGAUCUAGAUUGUUGUCCAAGUCAUGCACACGUAACAGCGUCGUCGUCAAAGAUUUUUUGUGAUUAUAAGUCAUUUUUUAUGGUGUUAUUAAUCAUGACUCACAACAUUUCCCAUGUCACUGUACAGUUUAAGGUUGCGUAUUCACCAAAAGUUAAUUCUGCUUUGUUUUUCACUGGAUUGUGGACAAACGCUUUGAGAGACUUGUUGUUUCAGGCCUGCACUUGACACAUUUCACCCCUGCGAAGCAUUAAGAUGUACUCUCUUCAUACUCAUACCCUUGCCCCCAAUGGCCUUAGCUUUACACUUCUAUGCACAGGUAUCUAUAACAUGUAAAAUAAGGAAUUUUAAAAAUGAAUGUUCGUGAAAUGCCUCCACUGCUUAGUGAUGCCAUGUGUGGCUUUGUCAGACACAUCACUUGUACACCAGAAAAUAUUAUCUUCUUAAUUUAUUCAGGCUGCUUGGAAAUUCCUGUUUUUACGUGCAAACAGGAAACUAAGAUGUGUGUUUAAUUUAUUUGUGUCCAAAACGCUGUUGACCAGCCAUGGUUUCUUUUGAUGUCUCUACAGCUCUUGGAAACUUUAAAAAUAGUAGGUCUUUGCCGCUUCAGUUUUGAUUCUACUGCAGGCACGUGUUUAUAUGUGACACUGUAAACGUGGUUGGGAAGCUCCAAAACUAAACGAGUAAGUGUACAGAUUAGUGUAAUGUCAGUGCAUUUUGUUUGACUGUCCAUUGAAUUUACUUUUGGACUGAGGAAUGGAGUUUUUUGUUUUUGUGAAGAUGGUAUUUUAAUA